CAAAGGAAAUUCAAAACAACCAGGCCAUUAUCCCUAGUCUUCAUUAUGCCUUCCACCAUCAGACAGAACGGCCCAGCCUAUGUCACCAAGCCCGUCAAGGCUGGAAAGACCGACAAAAAAGACCCCAGUGUCUGCGGCCCGCUCUUCGUGGCAGCCAUGAACGGUGAAGUGGACCAGAUCGACAAUAUCCUCCAGCAGGACCCCAAGAAGGUUGACGAGAAAUGUGACGAAUGCGACGGGUACACUCCCGUUAUUGUCGCAGCCAUCUAUGGCCAACUCAAAGCCGUGGAACGUCUCUGCCGCAAGUGGAAUGCCAAUGUCGAGAUCCGCGAUGCCAACAGCUACACCAUCGUCAAGCUUGCCCUCGACCAAAACCAUGGGGACAUCGUCGACUGGCUGAUCAAGGAGUACCCCAAGAUGAUCAUCACGGACCCACGUCAUCCAAAGGGAGCGGAAUGGCUGACCGCCCAAUUCUGGAAGAUGUGGAACAAUAUCGAGGAGGAGGCUAGCAAGCCUCCAAAGGACGUGUUGGACCAGCUUCUCAAAGGCCAGCUGAAGCCCGAUACUGAUCGGACUGUUUCGGAAGUCUACUGGGAGCACAUCCUGCUUCGAUACAUCGGUGAUGUGCCCCUGGAUAUUAACCGGAACUACUCCACAAACUUAAGGAUGGCAUUUUGUGGAACCUUUGAUCGCACCUUACACGGUCAUGAGGGUAUCAGAGAGUCUGCUAGAUUGCUCAAUUUGGUGUUGCCGACGACCCAGUAUAACAUCAUCGGCACGCAUGUGGCUCCCAAGGGCCAGUGGGUGACUGAACGUUGGGAGUACCAUAAUUAUAAGGACAAUCUUCAGGUCCUGGAUGGAAUUGACACUUUCCUGAUUAAUGAGGAUGAGGGCAAGAUUGAGGUGAUGUUGAUCAACUAUAAUGUCUAUAACUUGGAGUGGAUUGAUGAUCCGGAGCGCCCUCGCCCGAACACACGAGUUUGAUUCACUGCAGUCCCUCAGGGCUAGAGUUGCCCGAUAUGGAUGUGCGCUGUGUCAUAUUCUGCGUUGGGCUGAGAAUGGUUUGGAAAAGUUUUUUUAAAAAAAAAAAGAUUUAUUUGUUGAUUUGUGUUAGUUUUAUCUCGUGACCUAGGGGGUUACUUGAUGUUUUGUUAAGAGUUGUCAGACAAAAAACACCAAAAAAUAGGAAAAAAAAAUAUUGUUGUAGUAUGAGUGUCAAAGGUCUAAUUCCCAGCCCGCGUAGAUAUACAUAGGCAAAUUAUGACUGUAAUGCAUUAUGACCCAUCACCUUUAAUAAGUUUGGGGAAUUAUCAAAA